UUUUUUGUAAUUUAUUUGAAAUUUGUAAGUAGGUAAAUAUGGGAAAGCAAAACUCUAAACUGUCUCCAACCGUUCUUACUGACAUGGUAAACAACACAGACUUCACAGAACGUGAGAUCAGACUGUGGUAUAAAUCGUUCCGAAAAGAUUGCCCGACCGGCAUCCUUUCACUGGAGGAAUUCAAAAAGCUCUACAAACAAUUUUUCCCAAGCGGGGACGCCAGCGCUUUUGCAGAGCACGCUUUCAGGACAUUUGAUAAGAACGGAGAUGGAACGAUCGAUUUCAAGGAGUUUAUGUGCGCGCUGUCCGUCACCUCACGCGGUACAUUCGACGAAAAACUCAAGUGGGCUUACAGCAUGUAUGAUAUGGACAACGAUGGCCACGUGACCCGGAAGGAAAUGCUAGAGAUUAUAUCGGCUAUUUACAAAAUGGUUGGGGAAGAAGCGAUGGCGAAGAUUGUGACAGAUGGUCUUACAGCAAAGCAACGAGUGGAUCGCAUCUUCACUCGCAUGGAUAGAGACGGUGACGACCAAAUUACAGUCGAAGAAUUCCGCAAGGCAGCUAGUGAAGAUUUAAGUCUUGUUAUGUUGCUACAAGUUGGGGGAGGGGGAGAGGUUCAACAAAAAGGAGAAACCAGUGAUAAAUAAAAGACAAUUUAGUGUUUCAGCCAAUCAAACUUAUAGUACUGUAGGGUGAGGUGGGAUACCGUUAGCACCUAAAUCCCAUGCUUACUGAUCGUGUUUUGAACAAUAAACAACGCUUUUAGAUUCGUA